AUGAAAGACCUUGGUGUGAUGAAGUAUUUUUUGGGUAUUGAAGUUGCUCGUGGUCCGGAAGGUAUAUUUUUGUCUCAGCGUAAAUAUGCUUUGGAUGUGUUAUCUGAGGCAGGAAUGUUAGGUUGUAAGCCUAUUGAUACUCCUAUGGAGCAAAACCAUCGUCUUGCAUAUGCCGAGGGGGAGCCUUUCUCUCAAACUGAUCAGUAUCGUCGCUUAUUUGGGCGACUUGUGCAACAUUGGGAUGCGGCAAUUAGGGUACUUUGCUAUAUCAAAGGUAGUCCUGGUCAGGGUAUAUUGUUACGUCCUAUGAAGGACAUGUGUUUGACGGCUUUCUGUGAUAGUGAUUGGGCAGUGUGUCCUUUGACUCGUUGUUAUUUGUCUGGUUAUAUGGUUUUUCUUGGUCGUUCCCCUGUCUCGUGGAAGACUAAGAAACAACCAAUAAUAUCUCAUUCUUCUAUUGAAGCUGAGUAUCGUGCUAUGGCAGUUACAACUUGUGAAUUAAAGUGGUUGAAAUCUUUGUUGUCCUCUCUUGGUAUUUUGCAUCCCAAGCCUAUGAAGUUGUAUUGUGACAGUCAAUCUGCUCUCCAUAUUGCUAAACAUCCUGUUUUUCAUGAUCGUACUAAGCAUAUAGAGGCAGAUUGUCACUUUGUUUGUGAUGAGUUGGUGAAUGGUAAUCUAGCUACUGCGUAUGUUCCUACAGGUCAUCAGUUAGCAGAUAUUUUGACGAAGGCACUUGGGAAACGACAGUUUGGUUUUCUUCUUAACAAGUUGGGCAUUCAUGAUUUACAUGCUCCAACUUGA